AUGUAUAUUAGGAAUAGAAGGCGCGGUCAUUCUUCGAUUGGUCGAAGAGUGAACACACUGCCAUUAAGGCGAGAUGCAUUAGAUAAUAUCAUUGGGGAGGGUGGAGAUAGAAAUUGCAUAUGGGAGUUAAGAAUGAGUUUGAAUGCAUUUGCAACUUUAUGUGAAUUGCUACAAAUUCAAGGUGGAUUAGACGAAGAUGGUCAUGUUGGCAUAGGCGAGCAAGUAGCUACUUUCUUAAUCAUAUUAGCUCACCAUACCAAAAAUCGCAGCGUACAAGUCAGGUUCUAUAGGUCUGGUGAAACUAUUAGUAGGUAUUUUCACAAGGUAUUGUGUUCAGUUUUGCGUGUCCAAAGUAUCUUAUUUGCAAAGGCAGACCCUGUACCGGAAGAUUGUGUAGAUCCCAGAUGGAAAUGGUUCAAGGGUUGUCUAGGAGCAUUAGAUGGAACUUAUAUAGAUGUUACAGUCCCGAAGAGUGAUAAAUCUAGAUAUCGGACGAGGAAAUCUAGAAUAUCCACCAAUCGGUGCUUUGGGUUGCUUAAGAAAAGAUGGGCAAUUCUACGAAGUCCCUCGUUCUAUCCUAUUAGGGUUCAAAGCCACAUUAUUAUUGCUUGUUGUUUGUUACAAAAUUUUAUUCGUAUGAACAUGGAUGUUGAUCCCGAAGAAGAUGCAACUCUUUUGCAAGAACACAUACCCGUAGGAGAUGAUACUAUAGUUGAUGAAGCUGACACAAUUGAUGCUGUGGAAAGUAGCCAUGAGUGGACUCAAUGGCGUGAGGACCUAGCAACCGAGAUGUGGGAAAUAUGGAGAGGAGAACAUGGCGCAUAG